AUAUUUUAAGCAUAGGGAGGACCGCGUUCUGCAUGAUACCAUUGAUACGUGUUUGAUAUUUUUCAUUUGAAAACAAAUUAAUGUGGUUUCAUUGGUUUUUCGUGUUGUCUGUGUUUUAUUUUAGCAUUGUGUUAACAAUGUGUGUUUGAGUGAACGUCGCCGUCUCGUGAUCCUGUUUCUGACCAGUUGAGCUGAAUUGUUGUUGUUGUUGUCAUUUCCGUCCAGAGUGUUGGAGAUCAGAUUCUGUUUCAACUGUUCAGAUUCAUCAUGGAUGACACACAAACAUCCAGAGAUGAAGAUGUUUCUCCUGAAUGCAGUUCAGUUCAUCAGAAGAUAUCAGAACCAGAGCCCAGCUGUGUGUCUAUGAGGAGUGACGAGUCUAUGGGUCAUCCAGUAAAUAUUAAGAGUGGAGAUACACAGACUGAUCUCAGGCGAUUUCUGCGAUCCAGACCAGAUGUAACAGAACCCGCCUGUAAGAAAAUGGAAUCUGACAAGUUUAUGAAUCAAGAAAUUAAUAAAAACAUGUAUCCUGGCGACAGCCAUGAAGUCCUCGAAACUUUAAGAUCAAAUCUGAUGAAGAAGUUUGAGUGUCUGUAUGAAGGAACAGCACAGCAGGGAAACCCAACACUCCUGAAUGAGAUCUACACAGAGCUCUACAUCACAGAGAGUGAGAGUGGAGAGAUCAGUAAUGAGCAUGAGGUGAGACAGAUUGAGACACAAUCCAGGAGAGCAGAAACAGAGGACACACCGAUCCAAUGCAGUCACAUCUUUAGACCUUUACCUGGACAAGACAAACCCAUCAGAACUGUGCUGACAAAGGGAGUCGCUGGCAUUGGAAAAACAGUCUCUGUGCAGAAGUUCAUCCUGGACUGGGCUGAAGGGAAAGAGAAUCAGGACGUCCAGCUCAUAUUUCCACUUCCUUUCAGAGAGAUCAAUUUGAUGAAGGACAAAACACUCAGUCUUUCAGAUCUUCUUCAUGUCUUUUUCCCUGAAACAAAAGAAAUGGAAAUAUCCAGUGACAAAUAUAAAGUGUUGUUCAUCUUUGAUGGUCUGGACGAGUGUCGUCUGUCUCUGGAUUUUCAGAGCGAUGUGAGGUUGUGUGAUGUAAGUGAAUCAGCCUCAGUAGACGUGCUGCUGAUGAACCUCAUUGCGGGGAAUCUGCUUCCCUCUGCUCUCAUCUGGAUCACCUCCAGACCAGCAGCAGCUGAUCUCGUCCCCUCUGAGUGUGUCCAUCGAGUGACAGAGGUACGAGGCUUCAAUGAUCCACAGAAGGAGGAAUACUUCAGGAAGAGAAUCAGUGAUCAGAGUCUGGCCAAUACAAUCAUCUCACACCUGAAGUCAUCAAGGAGCCUCUACAUCAUGUGCCACAUCCCAGUGUUCUGCUGGAUCUCAGCCGCUGUUCUAGAGAAGAUGAUGAGUGAAGCAGAGAGUGGAGAGAUUCCCAAGACUCUCACUCAAAUGUACACACACUUCCUGAUCCUUCAGACCAACAUCAAACAAGAGAAGGACUAUGAGAAGAACGUGACAGAUGAAGACAUGAUCCUCAAACUGGGGAAAGUGGCUUUUCAGCAGCUUGUGAAAGGCAAUGUGAUCUUCUAUGAGGAAGACCUGAGAGAGUGUGGCAUUGAUUUGACAGAAGCAUCAGUGUACUCAGGAUUGUGCACUCAGAUCUUCAGAGAGGAGUUUGGCUGGUAUCAGGGGAAAGUCUUCUGCUUUGUUCAUCUGAGCAUUCAGGAACAUCUAGCAGCUCUAUAUGUGCACCUCUCUUUCACUAACAACAACAUAAAUGUGUUUAACAAAAUCACCAAACAGAGUUUGUGGUCUAAAGUUAUGGCCUGGUUUUAUUAUGUUUCAUUAUCUGAGCUGCAUCAGAGAGCUGUGAAUGAGGCUCUACAGAGUAAAAAUGGACAUCUGGACCUUUUCCUGCGGUUUCUUCUGGGUCUGUCAGUGGAGUCUUAUCAGUUUCUCCUACAACGAAUAAUGAAACAGAUAAGAAGCAGAUCUGACAGCAAUGAGAAAACAGUUGAGUACAUCAAGAAGAAGAUCAGCACCAUUGACUCUCCAGAGAAAUUCAUCAAUCUGUUCCACUGUCUGAAUGAAUUGGGUGAUCAUUCACUAGUGGAGGAAAUACAACAGUAUCUGAAAUCUGGAAGAUUAAAGGAAGCCAAACUGUCUUCAUCUCAGUGGUCAGCUGUAGUCUUUGUGUUGUUGACAUCAGAAAAGAAGCUGGAUGAAUUUGAUAUUAAUAAAUUUGUUGGAGGAAACAAUAAAACUGAAAAACUGAAGGUUUUUCAGAAGCUGCUGCCUGUGAUUAAAGAAUCCAGAUCAAUUCAGUUGUGGGAUUGUGGAGUCACAGAUAAAGGUUGUGCUGCUCUGACUUCAGCUCUGAGAUCAAACCCCUCACACCUGAGACAACUGAGUCUGUCUGGGAAUAUAAUAGGAAAAUCAGUGAAUCUGCUGUCUGAUGUACUACAGGAUCCUCACUGUAAACUGGAGGAACUGUGGUUGUAUGAUUGUGGCGUCACAGAUGAAGGUUGUGCUACUCUGACUUCAGCUCUGAGAUCAAACCCCUCACACCUGAGAGUACUGGAUCUGACUAAGAAUAAAAUAGGAAAAUCAGUGAAUCUGCUGUCUGAUGUACUACAGGAUCCUCACUGUAAACUGGAGAAACUGUGGUUGAGAGAUUGUGAUCUCACAGAUGAAGGUUGUGCUGCUCUGACUUCAGCUCUGAGAUCAAACCCCUCACACCUGAGAGAACUGAGUCUGUCUGGGAAUAUAAUAGUCAAAUCAGUGAUUCUGCUGUCUGAUGUACUACAGGAUCCUCACUGUAAACUGGAGAUACUGUGGUUGUAUGAUUGUGGCGUCACAGAUGAAGGUUGUGCUGCUCUGACUUCAGCUCUGAGAUCAAACCCCUCACACCUGAGAGAACUGAGUCUGUCAUUAAAUAAAAUAGGAAAAUCAGUGAACCUAUUGUCUGAUGUACUACAGGAUCCUCACUGUAAACUGGAGAAACUGUGGUUGAAGGAUUGUGGUCUCACAGAUGAAGGUUGUGCUGCUCUGACUUCAGCUCUGAGAUCAAACCCCUCACACCUGAGAGAACUGGAUCUGUCUGUGAAUAAACUAGGAGAUUCAGUGACUCUUCUUUCUGCUGUACUGAAGGAUCCUCACUGUAAACUGGAGAAACUGUGGUUGAGAUAUUGUGGUCUCACAGAUGAAGAUUGUGCUGCUCUGACUUCAGCUCUGAGAUCAAACCCCUCACACCUGAGAGAACUGGAUCUAUCUGGGAAUGAACUUGGAAAUUUGGGUGUGAAUCUGCUGUCUGAUGUACUAGGAAAUCAUCUCUGUAAACUAGAGAUACUAUGGUUGAAGGAUUGUGGUCUCACAGAUGAAGGUUGUGCUGCUCUGGCUUCAGCUCUGAGAUCAAACCCCUCACACCUGAGAGGACUGGAUCUGUCUGAGAAUAUAAUAGGAGAUUCAGUGUCUCUUCUCUCUGCUGUACUGGAGGAUCCUCACUGUAAACUGGAGAGACUUUGGUUGAGAUAUUGUGAUAUUACAGUUGAAGAUUGUGCUGCUCUGGCUUCAGCUCUAAGAUCAAACCCCUCACACCUGAGAGAACUGAAUCUAUCUGGGAAUAAUCUAGGACAAUCAGGAGUGGAGUUGCUCUCUGAUCUAAGGAAUGAUCCACAUUAUAAACUGGAGGAACUAAAAUAUUGGUAUGAGUCUCAGUAAUUAGACGUCACUCCAGUUUCCUCAGGAUCAGCUGAUGGUGAAUAAGGAGCUACAGAGACUGAAGACACAGAGACACACAGCGAUCACACUGACAUGUGUGUGACUUCACAGCAGUUUCUUGUUUUUUUUGGUGUCUGUUUUUGGUCUGUUCUUUUGAACUAUGUAUGUCAUCACAUUUACAUGAUUACAGGAUCUGAACUUACUGUAUAUUUUUAAGACUCAAUUUUAUAGAUGAAAAUAAGUGCCUAAAAUCACCGUUGGCAAUUUGGAGUAGUUUUGGAUUCGCUAGAUAAUGCACUGCUUGAUCACAAUGUAGAUGGUGUAAGACUGUAUACACAGUAAGAGUGUGACAAAAGAGACAAAACUAGAACUAGAACAUUGUAAUCAACAAACCAUAUACACAGAGUAAUUAAGAGAUUUAUUAAGGUAGACCGUUUCGUUUAUUAUAAUGGGAAAAUGUGAUUCUUUUACUUUUUUUAAUUGUAAAACCUUUUUCUAAGUUUAAAAAGAGAUGUUUUAAAUGAGUCUACCAGCAGAGGGCGACAAUGCAAAUUACUUCACUGAACGUUUAUUUCUACCAGAAAGACUCAAGAGGGCAGGUGGACCUUUGCGUGGUAUUUAUUGGGUAAGGUAUUAACAGAUGGUAGUGAGCUACAAUGAUUCAUGUUUAGUUGUAUAGAAAAAUUCUUUGGCGUAGGCCCUGUUAUUAGUCCAAAUCCUAGGGAUGCAGAUUCGGCUGAUCCUGUCUGAAGAUGAAGGCAGGGGCGGAGCCUACCCCAAAAAAGAAAUUAUAAUUGAUACCCACCAGUUUAGGCUUUUCUUAUCUGGAAUUCCUAAAAGAACAAUCAAAAAUUAGUGUACAAAGUUCGCUCAGUUACACAACUGUGCCAUUUCGAACUACGCACGAUUUACUAUUUCGUUCCCUCGAUUUACUAAAUCGUGCGCACGAUUUACUAUUUUCGAUUUACUAUUUAGUUUCCUUAAUUUGCUAAAUUGUGCGUACGAUUUGCUAUUUUCGAUUUACUAUUUCGUUCCCUUGAUUUGCUAAAUCGUGGAGGGGAACGAAAUAGUAUGUCGUACGCACAAUUUAUAAAUUGAGGGAAUGACAUAGUAAAGCGUGCACACGUUUUAGCAAAUCGAGGGAACAAAUUAGCAUGUUGUGCGCACGAUUUAUAAAGCGUGUGCACGAUUUAGCCUACUAUUUUUUUUCCUGCAUGUCAUGUGCGGGGCUCCGUAAUUAUUGUUGUUAUCAUUGCGUUGUUACUACUAGCUGUAUGACUCAGUCAGUUUAACUAUAGCAGUUGUAUUUGGUGUGAUAGCUACCAUGUAAACUUACUGAAACUACUGUUGUUGUCACAUUUUAGAAUGCCAUUUGUAAUAUCUUUAUUUGUAUUUUCUUAAAGUACUUGAUUGUUCAUCAAUAAGCAUGGAUUAUGUUGUUUAUCUAAUGCGUGCUUUAACGACGCCAUUUUGACCAGCGCAAUUUUAUUGUAACUGUGUCAUUAAUUUAUAUUACUGUUUCACGAAAUGUAUAUUUAGAAGAACAGUAACUUGCAAAGAUGUAUAUCUUAAUUCAACAAUGUUAUAUAAUAUUGUAACAUUGUAUUUCGACAUUUCUACAUUUGUAGUAAACCACACAGACACCCA